AUGCGUCUUAGUACUGGAUCGUUUUAUUGCCAUCGUUCAUCCUCUAAAAUACAUUACUUUCAGACUCGCUGUCGAAUUAUCCGAAUUAUUGUCUUCUCUUGGGUUAUACCAGUUAGUUUUUACGCGCUUAAGAUUACCCUUUAUAUGUUUUAUUUCAAAACAAUACCUGUCCCUGUCCCUCUUAUUUGGCUGACAAUAAUUUUUGAGUUUCUUCCAUGUGUUCUGUUAACACUCUGCUUUCCAUCAAUGAUAUUUCACGCACGCAGGCAUGAUCAGUCAGCACGCACCUUAGCAAAACAGUUACGUUUUAACCAUCAGAUGUCGUUUAAAAUCCUCCACGAUAGGUCUGCAGUAAUAAUGAUGGGUCUUGUGGUAGGAGUGUUUCUUGUUUGCUAUGGGAUGCAUCUGACUUGGCGCUGUGUUUUAAAGAAAAUAAUAAAGAAAACUAAAGCCUACCACUUGACGUGCGUAACUCAUUCUUGUAGUAUAGGAUGCAAGUCUUUAAUGAACGAGUGUGAAAGGCUUGAGCAAUUCAGUAAAAGACUAAUAAACGUGUGAGGCUUGGACUCAAAGCGAAUUGAAAUUUGGAAAAAAUGGCGCAUUAGGAGAGAAAACAAGAACCUUUGGACCCUCAGGGAAUACAAAAUACAAGGGAAAGGACGUCUUAGGAUCAAGCUUCACAGGUGGUGUGAGACGCAAGUUCUUAUUGGAUGGAACUUUUUAGUUUCAGAUCAUGAGAGUAUAAUUUUUUGUUUACACUGGCUGCUACCAAAGCCCGCUUUGCUUCACUUGCUCGAUUUUGGUAUACUCGAGCAAGACUCUGCAUCAAUCGAGUAACAAAGAUAGCGUGAGCAUGUGGUGCUUGUUGCUUGGAUACAGUUCGAACCCAGGUUUAAUAGCCGUGCGCUUUCUACAGCGGGCUCAUCGGUUAUGACCAUCAAUUUAUCAAACUGAAACGGAUGUUUCCACUCUGAAUACCAGUUUGAAGGGAGAAAACAAGAUUGACAAGUUCAGAAGUUCGAGGUUCGGUGACUUCAUAAGGCUUGGCGCCAAUUUUCCUCCAUACUGAGGUUGUUUGUUCAAUAGUCUUCGUAAUCAACUCUGUUAACGGCGAUAGAUUCCUGGAAUUUACCGAACCCAACUGAAAGAUUAACUGUACGAUAUUCUUGUUAUAUGAAGUAAUUCCCUUGUUGAGAAAAACACAAAGAAAUGUAGUAGUUUUGUAAUCUUCCUGUGCAUGUUUAUUUCAGGUUAGUCUUGCAAGUGUGACUGAAAUGAUAAAAUCGUGUAAAGUGUAAAAUGACUUGUUAUGGAGAAAAAAGGUAUAGCUAUCAAAUGUGUCACCUUUUUCGCCCAGGUUACACGAGCGUAAGGCUAAUUUUCCUUUAAAUUCUGUAGAAAUCAUGACAAAGAAAUUAAUAUUGGUUGCUAAGGAAGCCCAACAGCAAAUUGGAGAGACGAGUUGCUUGUGGCUGGAACGACAUUAAAAUCGUUGCAUGCCGAAUGAAUAAUAAAACCUUCCAAUUUAGCAGUACGAAAUAAUAGUGCAGUAGAAGGCAUCUAACUAAACAAUAUUGUUAAUUGAUUGAUAACUGAGCUAGUGAAACAGUUCUUAAAGAUCAUAUCGACACCCCAGGCGUCUUGCGCCAUGUAUAUAUAUACAUAUUGAAAGGAUUAUAAAAUAACAAGGUUCUAUAAAUAAUUAAUUAACUGUUAGACAUUCAAGAAGUUUUUUUUUUUGAAGAGGGUGUUUUUGCACAGUUGAACUGCCGUUAAAAACUUAUCGACAUUGUGUUCCUGUUUCACAUCGUGAUCAGUUUAUUUUUUUUUUGCUCUAUUUAUUAACUGAAAACCAUUGCAUACUCUAUUUAGUAUAGCAAUGGAGUUAAACGGAACAGUCUAGGCAGAUUACAGUGAUGCUGCUGGCUCCUGUCUGUCUUGUUUUAUUUUCUCGCUUAUGAAUAGUUAACGACAACAGUGGAAACGUUCUCAGGCAAAUUUAGUAACGCGCUGUACGUGAUAUUUAAGAGACGGCCUUGGCUUUUUAUUUAUUAAUGCACUUUUGUCGUAAUUUGUAGUAGACCUGUCGCAAUUUGUAGGUUGGUUUAGUUGUAAAGAGAAUAGUAUUUAAUAACAACUUCUCUUAACUGCCGUUAGUACGGAUGGAGACCUGGUUUUGGAUUCUUGGAUGGGUUCUUUCCUUUCUUGCCAUCACUGGAAAUGGAUUUGUAAUCUUCCUCGUCUGCAGCAGACGAAAUCUCCGCACCAAAACCAACGCGUUUAUUGUUUCACUUGCAGUAGCGGAUUUCUGUGUUGGUUUGAGCGUCAUUCCUUCUUUGUUUAUAUGCGACGUUACAAGCACCUGUGAGUGGCCUCAGACUUUUCCGUCAUGGAAAGAUGUCGUAAGGUGGCUGUUUAGCUACCUGUCUGUUUUAAACUUGAGUUCUCUGGUGCUCGACCGUUAUAUCGCCAUCGUAAAGCCUUUUAAAUACAUAACUCUUAUGACUCGAUCUCGUGUUAUUGAAGUGAUAACUUCCUGUUGGAUAGCGUCAUUUACAUUGGUUGCGUUCAAGACCGCACUUCGGCUUUGCUGUGAGACCCCUCUGACCAGUAUCGUUGCAGUUGUGGUUUUAAUGAUUUCCAUGGAAAUCGUUCCAUGCGUUCUGCAGAUAUUCUGUUUUGUGUCAAUGUUACUUCAUGUAUGGAAACAUGAUCGGUCAGCACACACCCUAGCAAAACAGUUACGUUUUAACCAUCCGAUAUCUUUUAAAACCCAUAACGAGACGUCUGCAGUAAUAAUGAUGGGUAUUGUGAUAGGAGUGUUUGUUGUGUGCUACGGAAUAUAUUUGCGUUGUAGUCUCGUAGUACUAUCCGACACAAAUGCAUCAUGUAAAGAUGAACAAUACAAAUUUCCUGUAUUGGUUUUAAACUCGGCCAUUAACCCAAUGUCUUAUGCUUUUUUCAAAAGAGACAUAAAGAAAGAGUUUAAAAGGCUUAUCAGUCAGCUGGUUUAAUUUAGGCGGAAAAGUAACCGUGUAGAGCCUUCCACUUGAUCAUUUUUGAAGGACAUAGAUCUUAAUAUUGGUCGGCAGAACUGCCUUUGAUAGCGGAUUGUGUCAGGCAUCGCAGGCGGCAGUUUUGGGGUCGGCAAAUCCCUGGCGGUUUGUCUCAAAUCAUAGUUUGGAAGCACUGGUGUUUAAGGAGGGGACAAGAACCAAAGGAGGACGAGGAUACAAUCCAAAAGGAACCUUACUAUCCAAAAACAGAGACGCCAAUGAAAACGUCGCUGAAAAAUAGACUUCGCGUCCAUUGAAACUUUUUCGCCCUCAUACCAAGUCGCCCAGUGAAUUGAAAGUGCGGAACAUGUGUUAGGUUCGAACUGAAGAGAGGAGACCGCGUCCGAGUUCAGAGAGGGAUAGUAAAUAAAUUUAUCGCCUUGUCGUUCCAGUUCUUAAGCCCGUCAUCUAAAAAACAUUGACUAUUCCACGUUGUAGUUGUGUAGGGACAGCGGAGAAAUGUACAAAAAAAAGUGAGGCACGUGCAGCCGGAGCUGUUGUUUUGCUCACUGAAGCCUAUUGUGUUUUAGGCGUUCUUCUUGCCGUCGCCGUUGUAGUUUCGUAAGGUUCCUAGCAGUAUAUGUCAGUUGCUCUUGAAACGGCGAUUCUGAGGUAUCAAGCCUACGUCAAAGGUAGUGGUAGACGAAAUUUCUAAUUUAAACUUUUUGUUUCAAACCAAGGGAAAGUAUUUCUUUUUCCUGGCUUUAUUUUCCACAUUAAUUAUUGUAAUCAACUCUGUUAAGUAGUUUCCUAGAAUUUAAACAAGCAUGAAGUAAACGUUUUUGUUUUUGUACAGGAAAAGAAUUGUAUUAUUUUUUCCUUUCCCUGAAAACUGAUAGUUAAUUAACCUCAGUCCAUGCUAGGUGUGAAUGAAAUAUUAAAAACUUUAGAGCAUGAUCUGUAUGAUCCAUACAGGCAACAUGGAUAUUUUUUUUCAGGUUCCCAUUGAUCCCUAUGGGGUGGCGAAAAGCAAUCUUUUUCUUCAAACAAGUUUUAAAGCUGUUUAGAGAACGUCAGUGGACGAUUUUGUAAUAAUUUGUAAUACCCGUCUUGAUUUGCAUUACGUAGUAGCUGUUCUAAUUUGCUUUCAGAAGGAUCCUCAGUUACUUUCCUGUCAUGUUCAGGGGUCUCCGUACCAAUGAAAAUAAAGCUAAAAAAGUUAACUGAAAACAGGUAUUGCAAAAAGGAAACAUAAAUUCAAAUAAACUAUUGCAAAGCGAUUUAUUUCUGUGUCCCACAUGAUGAAAAAGUGACUCUAAAGAUGUUGUCUUUACCAUGAUCUCCAACAUUAGCAUAAUUCAGAGAUAUCUUCGGAAAUUAAUCGCUAUGCUAUGAGACGAAACUGCAUUUCAAGACCUCAUCAUUUUCUUUAGAUAUAAGCCAGUUAUGCAUGUCGAUAACAUAUUUAUUCAAUGUUUUUUAUGGCCCUUCAAACUUUGUUUCAAAAUAUUUCCAAAAUUCAGCUGAACCAGGAGUAAAUACUAGGUGUCCCAGUGUCCCAGCGGCACAUUACCACCCGAAAAAUUUCUAAAGAAUUCCUCCAUCCCCCCCCCCUCCUUCCCUUGGGACCAUGGGAAACCCUAGCAAGAGUAGACGAGAUUUCCACCGCUGGAACGGUACAUUAAAAAACGCUACAUAACAACAUUUUUGACAUUAAGCGAUAAAGAACACUUUCACCUUUAACAAUGUAUUAUAUUCCAAGAAUUUAUUACAACAUGUUAUUGCUAUUUUAUUAUCAAACACACAAAGAAACAUUUAGUAUUAAUGUAUUAUUGUCUUGAUGCACAUUUUUGUGAUAACACAGCCCAAUACAAACUAUUAUUUAAUGACAUUAAUUAGCAAAUUAAGACAAUGUAAAGAACAAAUAGGGCAUUUUCACUCACGUGGCCAGCACCUAUGCAAAUUUAUUGGAACAAAAGAGAACGUUUACAUAGGAAAAGAUUUCAGUGUCCCUGAUAUUUACGCAAGAUGUUGGUUAUAUUCUGCAGUUGAUAAGAACUUCCUUUAACUGUUAAGAUGGAGAUCUGGUUUUGGAUUCUUGGCUGGGUUCUUUCAUUUCUGGCUAUCAUUGGAAAUGGAUUUACAAUCUUCCUCGUUUGCAGCAGACGAAAUCUUCGCACCAAAACCAAUGCGUUUGUGGUAUCACUUGCGGUAGCGGAUUUCUGUGUUGGUUUGAGCGUUAUUCCUUCUCUGUUAGCUUGCGAAUUUACAAACACCUGCCACUGGCCUGAUUAUUGGUUAUCGUGGGUGAAUAUUAUAAGAUUGUUGUUUAGUCACUCGUCUGUUGUAAACUUAUGCGGCUUAGUACUGGACCGUUUUAUUGCCAUCGUCUAUCCUCUAAAAUAUAUUACUUUGAUGACUCGCCGUCGAAUUACCCAAGUUAUUUUCUUCUCUUGGGCUCUACCAGUUAGUUACAAUGCGCUAAAAAAUACCCUUUGUAUUGUCUUAUUUCAAAACGAUACCUCCGAGUGUCCUUUUAUUUGGCCGACCAUAAUUUCCGAGUUUCUUCCAUGUGUUGUAUUAAUGCUCUGCUUUGUAUCAAUGAUAUUUCAUGUAUGCAGGCAUGAUCAGUCAACACGUACCUUAGCAAAACAGUUGCGUUUUAACCAUCAGGUAUCGUUUAAAACCCAUCACGAGAAGUCCGCAGUAAUAAUGAUGGGUAUUGUGAUAGGAGUGUUUCUUGUUUGCUAUGGUAUGUAUCUACGUUGUAGUUUUCUAAUACUAUCCUCAUCACCAUGUAAUGAUGAAAACUACAAAAUUACUUUCUUGGUUUUAAACUCAGCUAUUAACCCACUGGCUUAUGCCUUUUUUAAAAGAGACAUAAAGAAAGAGUUUAAAAGACUCGUUGGCGCUGUGUUUUAUAGAAAAUAA